ACCUCGCACUUUUCUCUGAACUUCACCCCUCCUCCGCUUACUUGUGUGGGCAGAGCUCUCCUCAGAAACGCCCCCAAGCAGUACUUUCAAAUUAGAGUAACCACUUCAGUAUUUGAACGAGCGGUAGAGUACCUAACGAAAACUACAGAGGACAUGAGCGCACAGCUUUCAGGCUUUGCAGUCCUGUUCUGUCCACUGCUACAUACAAUUAGAUGCCGUAAAUGUGUCAUAAAUUGGAAGAAUGAUGGAAAAAACAGAUGUAUAUGAUCCAUACAGGAGACCAGCGCGGAGGACACAAUGGAUAGUAAGCACUUUGGCAUACCACUAUGGCUUGGAUCGUGGAGUGGAGAAUGAAAUUAUUGUCCUAGCUACAGGACUUGAUCAAUAUUUGCAAGAGAUUUUCCAUCAUAUGGAUUGCCAGGGGGAUGGCAAAAUCCCUGUCGAGGAUUUUAAUGUAUUGUGUGAAAUCUUGGGACUAAGUAAAGAGACAGACUUGGAAGAGUGCGAUGGAUUAUUGGAUAAUCUCCCUAAAGAGUUGGCUUUUAGACAGUUUCAUGCGAAGCUCUGUGGAUAUUUCAGCACUAAAGCUGGCUGCCAUUACGAGAAUGGACGGCUGCUGGUUGGCAAGGAUAGUGAACACAUCGAGACGCAGAUCCGUCUCCGGAGUCCCUUGCGUCGGCGAGCGAGGUCGCUAUCCAUGGGCAUCAGUGGGAGAGGGAGCAGGGGUUCAUCGCCCGCUUUGAACCGCCGCACCUCAGUGUGCAAACAGGGCUCUUGUACUAAGGAAUGCUAUGAAGAAAUUGUAGCACUAGAAGAAGCUGAGGACAGGGUAGCUAAACUUGAAGAAGAAAACGCAAGUUUGAGAGAGUUGGUUGAGGACAUGCGCGCUGCUUUGCAGAGCAGUGAUGCACGGUCGUUGGCUCUACAGGUUGGUCUGUGGAAGAGCCACUCGAAGCACAAACCCGAGUCGGGCUGUUUCAUCGCCCACCAGAAGCUGCUCGCCCAGAAGAUCGCCAGCGCCAGCACCAACACCAACAGCCCAAAGAACCUACACAGCUUCCUGCGCGAGAUGGACCUGAUCCGAAGCUCGCGGGACGUGCAGGUGGAGGAGGCCAUGCUCUUCAACCAGAAGCUGGAGCAGGAGCUCUCGCGCUCCCGGGAGGCCGUGGCUCUGCUGGAGGACUGCAACCGGACGCUGAAGAGGGAGCAGCUGGAGAUGCGCAAGAAGGUGGAGGAGGCCAGGCAGGCGGUCAUCAGUGGCCUGGGAAAGGUCAAGGACUUGGAGGCCAAGGCCAGACACGUGCCUGUGCUGCAGCAGCACAUCCAGCAGCUGGAGAUGGAGCUGCUCUACUACAGGUCGGAGGUGUCCAAAGUGACGGUGCCUUUCAGCAGCGCUACAGAUCAGCAGUACCGGGAGGACAGGAGGUGCUGUCUGGACAGGGAGGACAGGAGGUGCUGUCUGGACUCCCGGCAGGCCCGUCACUCGCCCACGGGCCACGCAGAAAACUCUCCUGACAACAUGGAGGAGCAGCUGUUCCGCUCGGUGGAGGGCCAGGCAGCGUCAGACGAGGAGGAGGACCGGUGGACAGGGGAGCAGCAGAAGCAGGUGGACGAGGUGAAGAGGAUCCUCACCAGGCUGUCCUGCUGCGGGGACAGGUGUGAUGAGAAAGCUGUGAAGAGGCUGCUGUCUCACUUUGGGGAGUCGUGCAGCGAGGAGAGCCAGAGCGCCGUGCUGGAACUGCUGGAGAAGGUCACCCGCCUCAACAGGCAGCUGGAGCUCAGGGAGGGCCAGGCCAGGAAAGGUGACAUGGACAUGGACCAGGUGAAGGAUGCACUGGUGCAGGAGCUGCAGCAGAAGGCGGAGGAGACGGAGCUGCUGCACAUGGAGCUGCAGAUGCUGGAGACGGAGAGGGUGCGUCUGUCCCUGGUAGAGGAGAAGCUGGUGGACGUGCUGCAGCUCCUACAGCAACUGCGUGACCUGAAUGUGUCCAGGAGGUCUCUGGGAAAGAUUCUUUUGAGCACUUUGGAGUCAUGCAGCGACCCUCAACACGGGAAGGCUCACAUCCUGGAGGUACUUAAUGCCCUGUAUCAUGAACUGGCGGCAUGUGAGAUUUUAUCCAGCAGCGUGGCUCUGGAGCGGACUCAGAGUCAUCAGUCUCUCACAAACGCACUCCUCAUCUCCUGCUGAUCGAACACUGCUACCUAGUGGAGGGUGGUAUGGACUACAGGAUGCCUCUGAAAUGCCUUCUGCUUUGCCUUGACACACAUGGCCAAAAGUGAUGAAAACUUAGACAUAUCUGUCUGUCAAACAGAGGAUGCUUUUAUUAUCAUUCACACAAGUGGCAGUAUCACUUAUUUGUAAUUCGUUCAUUUUAAGGCAUGUCAGAUAUGAUAUGGUACGGUUUCCCUCCGAUUCUUUCAGACUGUGUGUUACAGGAAAUGUGUUUGUCAAGAGGUUUCAUUGGUGACAAUAAGAUAUCACACAGCUCAAAUCUGGUCAGCUCCCAUAUUUGUUAUAGUUUCAUUUUGCAACUGCACUCCUGAAUAACAAAUAAUAAAAAAAAAAACUGUGGACAAUGACGCCAGAACAAAGGAACGUUGUAAUUAUAGGACAAGAUGGCUAUCAUUACAUGACAUGGUACACGUGUUUGUAUUUGUUUUAUAUACCACUUUGUAUUUGGUAUUGGUCAUGUGAUUAGUGUGGAAAAUAAAAUCAGAUUGCAUUUUAAAAUUUGAAGGUACAGGGAAAAACAAUAAGCAUAACAUUCAAAGACUUUGGUGUUGUGAAUAUUUUUUUUCAUACAUGCAUGCACCUUUUGCAUUACAAAAAAUAUAUGUUGCAUAUUUUACUAGUCUUCUUUUUGACAUUAACAUUAAAUUUGAAAUUCAUUAUUUUUUGUAAGAAUGGCUGUAAAAGAAUAUACUAGUGAUGCCAUUUAAUGUACAUAUGCUCUUGACUUAAGUCUAGUUGAAGGUUGAAUAUGUGUUUGUUACUCAAAACACAAGGUCUGAGCCUUCAGUCAGAAGACUUGUGUGAUUUUGGUUCAUUAGCAUCUAUAUAACAUGAAGACAUUUUCAGAUUGAAUAUGGACUGGGAUGUAAAAAAUCUUUAAAAAUCUGAAUCAUUUCUGCUUAGUCACCUCCAAACUAUCACAGACUCAUUUUAAAUGGGCAAACAUGAUUAAGACUGAUAUAAUGGCAUUAUGAGACCUAACUUGAGGUGUUUUUGAUGUUUUGUUAUUUGUUUGUUUGUCUCUUUUUAUUUGUUUGUUUGCCUGUCUGUCUGUUGGUUUGUUUAUUUUCAUUGUGAAAUGUUGCCAUUGCUUUUGGCUUCUUGUACUGAGACUGCAUCCAUAUUGUCAUGUUUACAGCUAUGUAAUUCUUUGGUUAGAUCUGACUUUAUUGCCAGGUGAUCACAUUACUUUUAAGCACUUGAGGUAGCUAUUUUAUUAGGCAAGCUUUUAAGAAUAUUUGUCAAUGCUACAAGGCUCUUUCUUUGACUAGGUCCUCUCAUAUUUGGUGUAAAAUACAUGCUAAGUAUUAUUGUCAGGAAAAUGGACAGCUAAAACCAACAGCUUUAAUGUUGCUGUGUUUGAAUUCUGUAACGCUUUUACACAAAGUUAACAGCUUUGGUAACAGCUCCAUGUUGACACAGACCCUCUUAGAAGAAAGCACUUCUUUAUUUGUUAUAUUGUAUACACAACACAAAAGCUACCUGCUGUGAUUUCACAAUUCUUGGAUCUAUCUUUUGAAUUGCUACAAAUACCUGUUGAAAACUAUAUUUAAAAUGUUCAUACACAAUGAAAUAUCAUGUAAUGCAAUGUUGGGGAGACAACACAAAAACAUACUCUGAGACUGAGAAGUCAUUUCCAAACAUGACUGAGAAGUCAUUUUGGUUGUUGUGAAAAAGUUGUACAUGUUUAUUUUCACUUUGAAUAAAGGGCCAAGUGUAGCAA